GUCAGUCGCUUUUAAACGCCCCUUGCGUUUGGUCAGUGACGCCGCUGGCCGAUAUUCAUUUAUCACUACGCUACCGAUAUUUCAGAACCUUAUCGUAAAGUGGAAAUGUUUGGAUAAGUGAAUCAAGCUACACGUAAGAGCCAUGGCGCGUACCGUGCUGGCGAGCGGAGCCUUGCUCUGCCUCCUAAGCAUGACGCUCCAGACGCGCGCGCUCACAGUCUUGCCGCACGACGUUCGCCCUGGCCAUGCAGUACAACACUUCGUAGGAAAUUAUUCCCGCUACACUCUACUUGACCCCGAGUACGCCUCUUACUUUACUCUUCUAGACGAUGGACUUCUAAUGACAAUUGCCGACUUAGCGCCCUUACUGGAUCAAUCAUUGAAUCUCGCUAUAUUAGAACAAACACCGUUUAGCAGUUCGGCACAUUCAGUACAUUUACGUAUAGUAGAUCGUCGGAAAAUGCUUAGUUUCCCAACAUCCAAAGAAUUGCGCGGAGAAAUUUUAGAAAAUGCACCACCAGGCUCUGUUGUUGAUCUUCCACCUAUAAGGGCUACUUCACUGCUAAGUGUGGGGCAGAUAGCUUACAAAAUAAUAAAAGGAAACGAAGAUUCUUUAUUUGCUUUACGAGAAAAAUCUAAGAGUGGAAUUCCUGAAGUCGCAUCAGUAAUUACAGGAGGUGACGUGGAGAUAAUCGCCAUGAGGCCUCUAGAUGCUGAAGAAAAAAGAACGUACGAUUUGGUCCUUCAGGCAACAGAUUUAAAAGGUGUUAAUAAGGCAAGUCUUCCUAUUAAAGUAGAUGUAACAAAUGAAAAUGAUCAUGAACCUAUUUUUGAACAGGAUAUAUAUUAUUUUGCUGUUAAUGGAACGUUAGAUCAAAACAGCGAUAACGGUACAGCGCACUGGCAACGAUUUUCAAACAUUGGCAAGGUUCAUGCUAUUGAUGCAGAUGGCGAUCGCGUGUAUUAUACCUUGAAGGCUAGUAAUCUGGCUGUUAUUGUACCACAAACAGGAGAAUUAAUUCUAGUUGGUGAACCCAAUACUCACGGAGCUGAAUUGCAAGUGCUUGCACACGAUACUGGCUCACCUCCGCGUGAAAGUCGAGUAGCUCAUGUCUUCCUAGAGUUCGUAGUACGUGAUCAUAAAGAUCUGCCUACCUUGCAUCGACAAAAGCGACGUGUUACCCGAGCUGUCCGACCUACGAAACGUAUAGAAUUUACCGAAGCUGACGGUGAAGUUGAAGGACGUGCGGUCUUUACGCUCGAAAAAGAAACUGAUCGUGAAACAUUUAAAAUCCGGGACGAAAAUCCGUGGGUCACUGUUGAACCUAGUGGUGUAGUGAAAGUUAAAAAGAAGUGGGACUAUGAGGAGUUAGGGCCUGAGAAGACCAUUGACUUUUGGGUUACCAUCAGCAACGCUGGAAACGGAGAUACGGACAACCAACGGGUAAUCAUUCAUGUGAAGGAUGUCAACGACGAGCCACCUUACUUCAUUAAUCGGCCACUACCAAUGCAGACUGUAGUCCAGCUCAAUGCGGCCCCCAAUACACCAGUUUUCACGCUCCAAGCUAGAGAUCCCGAUACGGACCACAAUAUUCAUUACUUUAUCGUCCGCGACCGGACCGGUGGGCGUUUUGAAGUAGAUGAGAGGUCAGGCGUCGUCCGCACUAGGGGAACAGAUCCUUUUCAACUAGAUAUGGAGUACGUCCUGUAUGUGAAGGCUGAAGAUCAGAGCGGCCGUGUUGAUGAGAGGAGAUUUCAGUCGACGCCGGAAGAGAGGCUCAGCAUUGUAGGCGGUAAACGUGCGCCACAAUUUUAUCUUCCCAACUACGAGGCGGAGAUUGCCGAGAACCAAAAGAAAGAUUCAGACAUAAUAUCAGUGAAGGCGAAAUCGUUCGCGGAUCGUGAAAUUCGUUACACAUUAAAGGCACAAGGACAGGGAGCGGGCACCUUCAACAUCGGACCUACUUCAGGCAUCGUGAAGCUGGCGAAAGAAUUAGAUUUCGAGGACUUGCGACAGCCGCACGUAUAUUCUUUGGUCGUGACUGCUACUGAAGACUCCGGCGGAUUUUCUACUUCUGUUGAGUUGACUAUCCGAGUCACCGAUGUAAAUGACAACGCACCUAAAUUCGAGCUGCCCGAUUACCAAGCGCACAACGUCGAUGAAGAUAUCGCUAAAGGCACAAGUAUCCUAAAAGUGAAAGCCAUGGAUGCCGAUUCCGGAAAAAAUGCUGAAAUCGAAUAUUUAGUUUCAGACGAUCACUUCGCUGUAGACAACAAUGGCAUCAUCACGAACAAUAAGCAGCUGGAUGCGGAUAAUAAUAACGCCUAUUAUGAAUUUGUUGUCACAGCCAAAGAUAAAGGAGAACCAGCAAAAACUGGAACUGCUACAGUUCGAGUGUACACUAAAAAUAAAAAUGACGAGGAACCGAAAUUCUCACAACAAGUUUACACACCAAAUGUAGAUGAAAAUGCUGGUCCAAAUACUUUGGUAACGACCGUGGUAGCUUCAGACAAAGAUGGUGACAAUGUCCGCUUCGGGUUUGUUGGUGGUGGGACUAGUUCUGGACAAUUCGUCAUUGAGGAAAUAACUGGUGUAAUACGGUUACAUAAUAAACCUAUAUCAUUAGAUAGAGACAAGUACGAACUAAAUGUAACAGCAAUGGACGAUGGUGCUUGUUGUGUGAAUGGAGAUGCUACGAUACAUACAUCGACAGCUGUUGUAGUGGUAUUUAUAACAGAUGUAAAUGACAAUAAGCCUAUUUUCAAAGACUGUCCUACAUAUUUUCCGAAAGUAGAAGAAGGUGCUCCGAAUGGUAGCCCUGUAAUAAAAGUACAUGCGACGGAUGAAGAUAAAGGUGUAAAUGGUCAAGUAAAAUAUUCAAUUGUACAACAACCUAAUCAGAAAGGAACAAAGUUUACGGUAGAUGAGGAAACGGGUGAAGUGUCUACAAAUAAAGUAUUUGACAGAGAGGGCGACGAUGGCAAAUUUGUUUCGGUAACGGUAAAGGCUACUGACCAGGGUGAACCGUCGUUAGAGGGUGUUUGUUCAUUUACUGUAGAAAUAACUGAUGUAAAUGACAAUCCACCAUUAUUCGACAGACAAAAAUAUGUGGAGAAUGUUAAACAAGAUGCUAGCAUAGGAACCAAUAUACUGAGAGUUUCCGCAUCUGAUGAAGAUGCGGAUAAUAAUGGUGCAAUUGUUUACACCCUUAGUGCUCCUUAUAAUCCUGCUGAUAUAGAAUAUUUUGAGAUCCAACCCGAAUCGGGUUGGAUCGUACUUAAGAAGCCUCUCGACGUAAGUAUUAAUUUAACAUUCGCAUAUAUUAACUCACAAACGUGAAAUGAUAAGAUUGAUGAGUGAAUGAGAUCAACCUAACUAAGAAGUUUGGUGGAUGAGUGCUACCUACAGACCCUAGGAUUCAAUUGGCACAUACUUUAAGUUUAUUUACAUGUAAAUAGUUCUAAAUUGUCUGCUGCUGUAAAUUGCUGUGAAGAGGGGUUAAUCCUGGCUGUGAGGAGUAGUUGUCCAUUGAACGGCGGCCCGCCGAGGCCGGUGGGCGGGCUCGUGGGCUGCGGGCCGCCGCGCCGGGGGCUUGUUCUUCUUGCAGCACAAUUACUUUCAGUUGCCGCCAGCGUCGGCUCCGCACUUAACCUUCGUUAAGAUUAAUUUCCGCAGCACCAUCUUGCAUUAACUAUUAUCUUAUCGAUAAUUGCGACUUGUGUAAAAUACUUAAAAUUAUUGAUUAUACUGCUGUAAAUAUUUCACCGUUAAGACCUGUUUAGUUCUAAAACAUGUACAGUUUAUGUAAGCGCACAUUUGUAUAUUUCGCACAAAAUAGUUUUGGGAUUUAUUUUAUUGUAAGUAUAUACUCGAUUGAUUAAUUUGAGAAGCUUACGCUUUUAAACAUAUCCUUCAGUAUUAUAUGUACGUACAUGUUUUGUUACUAAUCUCAAGUUUUGUUUUUUGUGUUUUGCGAGACGAUCUCUCGCCUCAGGUGGUUCGAUGCCCGCCUCAUAAUCUGUCACCGCUGCGCUAGACGACUACUCAUGUUACAGAACAUCAUAAUAUAUUAUAUAACAUAAUAUAAAUCAUUGAACAUAAUCAUCAUAACUAUGAAUUUUUUACAGGGCGCCAGUAUAUUGUUAUGAUUUGUAUUAUUGUUAGUUUAUAACAGAAAUGGUCAGAUUGCCCCUGAGGCAGUUUGGCCAUUAAGCCAGUUGUGACAUUAUUCCUUCUGUGAAAGGGGCAACGUUCUCAAAACCAAAAUUUGUACAGUUAACCGUAACGUCCAUCGUUUGUAAUAUAUUCAUUAUAAUGAGUGUCGUUUUGUUGUAGUCAUUAAGAGGUCAUUAAACAUUCUUAUGACAACCUGACCUUUCCGCCAUGUCUUGUAUGCAGAGCUGCAUGCAUUUGCCUGCUUUUGGUUAAGUUUUAUUUCAUUUUUAAAAUUAGUUUAGUUUCUUUAUUGUAAAAAAGUAUUAUAAUGUACAGUUUCUAAUUUUACUUAUUGUACAUACAAACAUGUAUAAUACAGUACAUAUUAU